AUCGUCCAAAUUUUAAAAUAAUUUUUUAAAAAUACAUUAUCUAAAUCCUCUCAUUUUACGAGCUUGGUAGGUUAAGUCUACCGGUAGCACAUAAACAACUCUAAUGUUGGAACUGAGUAUUAAGUAUAUUGAAUAAUUGCGUGGAUUCCCGGCGUAACAUCUAAAUUUUCAACACCCAAAUUCCCCUAAAAAUCAUUAAAACACAAAGGAAACUGUCAAACUUUUCUACUAAUCUCGUUUUUUUAUUCAUUUUCAAACCCAUAUAUUUUUCACACUCUCUUUCAUUUCAUCUAAAUUCCCCAUUCAUGUCUUCUUAAAAUUAUAAACCAUCAUAGAAUUAAAAAAAAUUGUAAACCAUCAUGAGUCUCUUUGGCCUUGGCAGGAAUCAGAAAACAUUUAGGCCCAAGAAGAGUGCACCUUCUGGAAGUAAGGGGGCCCAGUUGAGAAAGCUUAUUGAUGCCACCCUUGGUAGUGGAAAUCUAAGAGAAGCAGUGAGACUCCCACCAGGAGAGGAUUUGAAUGAAUGGCUGGCUGUGAACACUGUGGAUUUCUUCAACCAGGCUAACCUACUUUACGGUACUCUCACCGAGUUCUGUACACCAGAGAGCUGUCCUACAAUGACAGCAGGACCCAGGUACGAGUAUAGGUGGGCAGAUGGUGUUCAGAUCAAAAAACCUAUUGAGGUUUCUGCACCAAAAUAUGUUGAGUACUUGAUGGAAUGGAUUGAAUCUCAACUGGAUGAUGAAUCUAUCUUCCCACAAAAGAUUGGGGCGCCAUUUCCUUCAAACUUUAGGGAUGUUGUCAAAACAAUCUUUAAGCGACUGUUUAGGGUAUAUGCUCAUAUCUAUCAUUCACACUUCCAAAAGAUAGUGAGUCUCAAGGAGGAAGCACACUUGAAUACUUGUUUCAAGCAUUUCAUACUAUUCACCUAUGAAUUCGGGCUAAUGGACAAGAAAGAGCUGGCUCCACUCCAGGACCUCAUUGAUACAAUUGUUCCUUUCUGAAGUUUUCCCUUUUUUGAACACAUCCUGCAUUAAUGGUUUGUUACAUAGUUGAAUCAAAUAAAGGAAUCAUAGGAAUCGGUCACAGUUAUUUGAGACUGUGUGCACCUCCCCCGGUUUGUGCUUGUGACAAACUUCAUUUGUAUAUGCUUCAGUUCCCAUUUAUGAAUGUGUUCUCAUAGUAUAUGAUACUUCAUUAUCUAUGGAAACGUCUGUUGCCAUCUGAAA